AUGUCUUCGCCUUCAUACGAUUGGCAAGAAGAGGCUUAUACUGAAUGGCUCGCUCUUCAACAAGACUCCGUACGGAAUGUCGCGGAGAGAGAGGCGAACUUAACGCCGGAGAAGAAGGCCCAAUUAGACGCAGAGACUGCCGCGUGGUUAGCAGAUAGGGAUGCGGCCGACGAGGCGAAGAAGACACCCAAAGCCCCCAAGAAAGAGGUCAGCCGGAAGAGAAAGAGAUCCACCGAUGAUCCGGUAGAUGAAGGAGGACAGGAGACGAAUAGUUCCUCCAAUACUUCGGCGGACGCUCCUCCUCCACCGAAGCGAGGCCGGGGAAGGCCGAAAGGCAGCCGAAGCAAGCCGAAGCCCGAACAACAGCAAGCGCUGGCUGAAGCACAACAACAGCCGUCGCCGCCUCGAGAGCCUUCGCCGGUCGACCAGCAGGGUAACGUCAAUGGCCCCACGGGCUCCUCACUUUCUCCUAUUUUGAUUCCUUCCAGUCCAUCACCUCCACAGGAGAGAGGACCGUUCAUGGCCGGAAGCGAGGAAAACGCGGAAGAUAAGAACCCGGACGACGAGUUUGACGAGGAGAAGUUACUAGAGCAGUUUGACAGCCUUGAGGAUGAGGAUGACCUUUUCGGAGACCACUAUCUUGCUGCCCCUCCCCAGGAGAAAGCGUCGGUGGCCUCCGCCCAAGUUCGAGCUCAGAACGAGGCGAUGCCUGGAAGCGAGGAAAACGCGGAGGAAGAGGACCCUGACGACGACCAGUUAGUCGAUGAUUCCAUGAGCAUUGAGGAUGAGGACGACCUGUUCGGUGACAUAUUUGUGGAAAACAAUACCACCACUCAAGUCCAGCACGAUUCCCCAAAAGCUGCCACUUCUUACACUUCGGCGGCUGUCUUUGCAACUCCCUCCACGACCGCCAGCUCCGCUGCUUCUGGACCUAGUACGACCACCACCUCAAUUUUCGUUUCUGGUUCUGGCUCCGGCUCCGGUUCCGCCUCUAAUGCGGCUGCGACUGCCGCUCCUGCCCCCUCGGUGGCCACUUCCGAGGCAGAGAUAGAGGCAGAAAUAUGGGCUCUCAUAGAUUCAAAUCUGGAGGGCAUCCAAGAGGCACCGGAGCUGGCGGUUCCGGGACCUGCCCUUGGAGUUGAAUUUAGAGCUGCCUGGUCCGGUGCUUCUGGCGCUACUAGCUCUGCUGCUUCUAGUAUUUCGAGUACCUCAACUAUCGUUUCUGGUUCUGGCUCUGGCUUCGUUGCCGCUCCCACUACUUUGGCGGCCGCUUACGGAACCGCCAGCUCCAUUGCCCCUAGAACUGCAUCUAGAACUACCUUUGGAGCUGCCCCUAGCUUUGCCAAUUCUGCUGUUCCUGGUACUGCCAGUCGUGCCACUCCAACUCCUGUAGCGGGUAGAGCUCAGCCAGGGGUCCAAGCGAUGAACGGAUACCGAGGUCAGCGUCAUUUGACUGUUGCUGGCGCAGGAAUGGGCCUCGGCGAUAGCGGACAGAUGAUUCGGCAGCAACAGAUGAUUCGGCAGCAACAGAUGCUUCGGCAGCAACAGAUGCUUCGGCAGCAACAGAUGCUUCGGCAGCAACAGAUGAUUCGGCAGCAACAGAUAGCUCCAGCUGUGCAGAAAAUGGCUUCAAUGUCAUCUGGUGCCUCAGCUGUUGUUUCUGGUUCCGGCUCUGGUGCUGUCUUUGGCGCGGCUUCGGCUACUGCUCCUUCCAGCGUUACUUUGAGUGCUAGAGGUAAUAUCGCUUUCACGGGCGGUGUCGCCGCCUUGUAUAAAAACGCCUCCGCGGCCCAGCCAAGAGCUUCACAGCCGCCGUCGCACCCGCCAUCGGUUUUGCCGGCCGGCCGACCACAACAGGCUAUCGGGCACAGAAACCCCUCGCCUCAUUCUCCUUUUCUUCCUCCUCCUCCUCAUUGUCCAGGAGCAGCAUUGGUGGGCCUCCCUCGGGUGCAGCAACCACAGAUCUACCAGCAGGUCCAACGACCACAGAUAUACCAGCAGGUUCAACUACCACAGACCCGUCAGCAGGUUCAACCUGUACAGAUAUAUCAGGAGGCCAAGCCUCCACAGACCAUCAUCAACCUUGAAGACCCGACGCCCCCUUCCAUUCCUCCUCAAACCCUCCCCCCACACGUCCGACGUCAGCCCUCACACCACGAACGAGCUCGUGAUGACGAGAAACAAAUCGGGCGUGAUCCUUUCCCCGAUAUGCUAUGUCUCUGGGGACCUGGGUGCGGGUCGUGCUAG